CCAACUCGUAAGUCCAUUUCAAGCCGGGGAACCUUCCCCCUUACCCCGGAUCCAACCCAUGUUUGCAUGUCUUUGCAUCUUGCCCCCCUGAACGGACACUUACGUGGAUGCCCCUACCUAGGAAGAAAAGAUCUAGUGCGACCGCGGCGGGAAACUCGUCGUCGCCGACGCCGACCAGCCAGGGCAUUCCGGGAGUGGUGUCGCCCGCCCCGAUAAACCAGUACUGCCCCGAUGGCAACGACAGCGUCAUCAUUCCAUAUGACGCAUCCGGCUCUCCCAUUGUCUUCAACCAAGAACAACCCAUGUCCUUCCGCAUGCACUGCAACACCUACUGGGCGGCCAUGGGGCCCAACCCGUCGGUCCGCGACAUCCUGGUCGUCUACGCGCCCGACAUGUACGCGUGCCUGUGCCUGUGCGCGGCCUACAACGCGGGCUACAGCGACGCCGUGGGCGACGACGUGGCUGUCGGCGGCGGCAUCUGCGUCUCGGCUGCCCUGGUCCGUGGUCCCGCCCAGUUCUGCCACCUGCAGAACGCCACGGGCGAGAAUGACACGGCCGGCGCCUUCGGGAACCCCGUCGACACGGCUGUCCUGGUCGGGGACUGGGCGGGCCUGCCGGCGGGCAAUCUGACGCUGGCUUUUGGGGGGAAUUUGCCUGCCGACCAGGAGGUGGAGGAUGGGGCGGUAUGAGACGGGGUGUGUUUUUGGGGCGGGUGUUGGGAUGGGUUUGGGUUUAUGGGUCGAUAUCUUGGGUGGCUGGCGUUACGAAGGCAGACAAAUGGGAAUCUACGCAAGCGACCUUUGGCGAAACUUGGGUUGGCGUACAAAUAUAUAUAUCUACCAACGUCAAACUUGGAGAAAGACGAGGCGUAGGAUUUUAUGGGGGCCGGUUGGAAAAGGGGUCGACGAUACCCUCAUCAAUGACAAGUUCAUUUCUCCGCGAGACAGCUGGCAGCAUUCCGGGUCAAAAAUAGUCGGCAUCUAUUGUUUGCGACUAAUGUUGAGGUGAGCAGUAGGUCGGAACGCAAUGCCUACCAAAUGACCCAUGUUCCCAUUUGUUCCUAUGCAAGACAACAGGAUGAAGAGCGAACUGUAACCCAAAAGCGUAUGUGAGAUCAUCAAGAUGGGAUAUAUAUAACAAAC